CCUUAGUUCCCACUCCCUCUAUUUUCCCCCAACAACCAAGAAGUCGCUAGAAGAAUUAAAGAAAAUAAAAAGAAAAAAGAAAAAGAAAACAGAGCAACACACACCCCAACCGCAGAGAGAGGGAAACACGAAAAAAAAACUAACUGAACCUCUCAGUCGAGAUAUGCGAUUGCGGUGGCGUCGGCGGUGGUCCGGGUUGUUGAGUCCCCGAUCGACGGCCAAUGCAGCGGUUCGUUGCGGCGGCGUGCGGCGUCGUUGAUGGCCCUGCAGAUGACUUGGCAGCCGAGUCUCCUGAGUCAGAAACGCAAAACCGGAACCGGUCCUCCCUUAGGGCUCCGUAACCUAGGCAACUCGUGCUACCUCAACAGCGUCCUCCAGUGCCUCACCUACACUCCUCCUCUCGCCAAUUUCUGCCUCCGUCUCCAACACUCUUCUCUCUGUGAUUCUUCUGGGUCUUCGUGUCCGUUCUGCAUACUGGAGAAGCAGAUUGCACGGUCGCUGCGAUUGGAUCUCACGCACGACGCGCCGUCCAAGAUCCAGAGCUGCAUCCGGAUCUUCGCCGAGAACUUCCGCUGCGGCCGCCAGGAGGACGCGCACGAGUUCCUCCGCUACGUCAUCGACGCCUGCCACAACACCUGCCUCCGCCUCAAGAAGCUCCGCCGCAAAGGCGCAGAGGCCAAUGGCGGCGGCGACGAAGCUGGUGGCAGUACAGUGGUGAAGGAGAUUUUCGGUGGCGCCUUGCAGAGCCAGGUGAAGUGUCUGUGCUGUGGAUAUGAGUCGAAUAAGGUUGAUGAGAUAAUGGAUAUUAGUCUUGAUGUUUUCCAUAGUAACUCGCUUAAAGACUCCAUGCAAAAGUUCUUUCAGCCUGAGGUUUUAGAUGGCAACAAUAAGUACAAGUGUGAUAGUUGUAAGAAAUUAGUGGCCGCUAAGAAGCAGAUGUCCAUACUUCAAGCACCUAACAUCCUUGUGAUACAGCUAAAGAGAUUUGAGGGCAUAUUGGGUGGCAAGAUUGACAAGGCUGUUGCAUUUGAAGAGGUUUUGGUGCUUUCUAGCUUCAUGUGCAAAGCAAGCCAGGAUCCCCAACCGGAAUAUAAGCUCUUUGGCACUAUUGUGCAUUCAGGCUACUCCCCCGAAUCUGGUCACUACUAUGCUUAUAUAAAGGAUGCAAUGGGUCGGUGGUAUUGCUGUGAUGAUUCUUGUGUAACUGUUGCAACCCUUCAGGAAGUUUUGUCAGAAAAGGUUUACAUUCUUUUUUUCUCGCGAACUAACCAAAGGCCAGUGUCAAGUAGUAAUUCUCUUGCUUCAAAUGGUGUAAAGCCUCAUUCCAAUGGGAGCCAAACAUCUGAAUGCCCAAAGGUUGGUGUACCACCAAAAGCAGUGCAUGCAAAAUCGAAUUCUGAGCUAUCUUCUUGGAAGGAUAUACCAAGAGUUUCUAAGACUGCUAAAGCACCUUCCAGCUCACGAGUGAAGUUUGACAUUAAUGGAAGCUCUUCUUCUAAAAGAAAUUCUGCUCCUGUGAGUGUGAAUGGGAAAGUUGAUGUUUGUAGGAAUCAGCCUUCAGCAGUAAAUGGGCAUGUGAAAGAUUCAGCUUCUUUGGAGAAUGGUAAGGAAGAUUCUUCAUUACCCACCAGGAAUGGCAUUGACGAAAAUAAAGUUUCUGUUGACAAAUUGAAAAGAAAGGAGUCAACAGUUUCAAAUGGACACACUGGUAAUCAGACAGUUGAUAUUCAUUCUGUAAAGUCAGAUCUCAAGGAAGAUACUGACAGAAGCAGGAUAAUAGCAGGUAGAGUGCCUGACAAUUUUAAGCAAGAAAGCAAUGGCCUCAACAACAAACCUACAAUAUUGGGGAAUAAGAGAAAACUACAGGGGGACCCAUGCAUUUUACUUGCACAUGAUGGUCAGUCUCAAGCAAGAGUUCAAGAACUGAAGGACAUUCUUGGGAAAGAGGCAAAGUCAGUUUUGAGGUCAAUUGGCUGGACUGAUAAGGUCUACGAAUUUAUGCGUUCAAAGAAGUUACGUGCACAAGAAGCUGGAAAUUUGACAAAUGGAGAUGAAAUAAGGAAGUUGUUAAUAGGAGAUGCGCAGGGAGCUUUCAUAUCCAAGAUUCCCGAGUCAUUGAAACAGGAUAUGAUUCAACGACUCCAAUCAUUUAGCCAAGAAAAAAUACAAUUUUCAGGACCUUGAUCAGAGCAUGGUAUGAGAAUGUCGAUCUGUCGUGCUAGCGAGGCGUGGUGUGAAUACUCUGUAUUACUAAUUAUUGUAGUGAUGGUGGCACCCUUGCUGGGAUGCUCAGUUUGGGUUUGUUACAUACUCUAACUCUUUGAGGCUGGCGAUAAUAGCAGGAGAAUGAGGAGACUUGUUAUCAUUGAAGCAUGGCUUUGUUAUGCUUCUAGGUGCUUCAUUCAUAUUUGAGAUAGAAGUUCAGAUUUCAUGUCAGGCCAGUUUUCUUUCUUCAUGGAGGCUAUAAAGUUCUAUUGCAUCUUGAGGAGAGCUUGCCAGGAAUUCUAUUCAUUCUGUACAAUCUUAUAUUUUAGCGAUGUACUGAAGCAAAAUCUUAAUUUUCUAUAAAAUUGCUCAACAAAUUUUGCAGCGAAGAUGAGGCUGUGCAUGACUUGUGGAUACACUACACCCUAUUAACAGUGUCUGUAGUUCUUAAAAAUUCAUUCGCUAUGUAAACGUUUUGCCCGAGAGGACAAGAUCCUGAAAUUUGUGAGAUUUAUAAGUAAAUUUUGAUACACAUCGGCAACUAAGUAACAUGGUUAAAAAAUAGCUUUCAA